AUGCCGUUUGUGAACCCGUUUGCGAAGGAGCAAAAGUCCUUCCCUGGAGUCCUAAUACCACUGUCCGGUGGCUCGCCAACAAGUAAAAUUCCAGCGAAAAAGAAAUCCGUAGGUGGCACCUUUGACGAAGAGGGUGCCGCCAGCCCCCCACCGGAAUAUGAGACCGAAUUAACCCUUGAGGCUCUGAGAGCUGAGGUUGAGGCUGCUGUUGUCUCCACCGGCCAGGACACUGCAUACGAUAGAAAAUCUAUGGUCAUUAAUCGAGCAGUUCAAGAUAUUGGAAUGGGCCGCUAUCAAUGGCAAUUGUUUGUCCUGUGCGGAUUUGGCUGGUUUGCAGACAACGAAUCUCAUGUUCGAUUCACCACUUGUGCUCUGUUCAUUGGUCUUUGCCUUGGAUCAAUCAUCUGGGGAACCGCUUCCGACAUCAUUGGACGUCGCCUUGCUUUCAAUAUGACUCUCUUCCUGUGCGGCGUUUUUGGAAUUGCAGUUGGCGGUAGCCCAACUUGGAUCGGUGUCUGUGCUAUGUUUGCAUGUCUCGGUUUGGGUGUAGGUGGAAAUCUACCUGUUGAUGGUGCUCUGUUCCUUGAAUUUCUCCCCUUCGCGUCUGGAAACCUCCUGACUAUGCUCAGUGUAUGGUGGCCUGUUGGCCAAUUGGUUGCCAGUCUUAUCGCAUGGGGUCUUGUACCAAAGUAUACUUGUGCUGAAGGUCUACCUUCCUGCCAUCUUGCGCCUGCUCCAUGCUGUGCAAAGGAAGACAAUAUGGGGUGGCGAUACUUGACUUAUAUCCUUGGAGUUCUUACAUUCCUUAUGUUCUUGUCUCGUUUCUUCCUAUUCCACCUCUUUGAAUCCCCCAAAUUCCUUCUCUCUCGUGGACGUCAGGAAGACGCUGUUGCCGCCGUACACGGAAUUGCGUAUAAAAAUGGAGCAAAAACUUGGCUUACCGUGGAUAUCCUCAAUGAAGUUGGAGGACAUCCAGAUGAAGUACAAAGCCAGAAGCUAAGCACUGCCGAGAUCAUCAAGAGACAGCUGAACAAAUUCUCUGGAGAACGUAUCGCCCCGCUCUUCGCAACCAAGAGCCUUGGAUUUACUACUGUCCUUCUGUGGUUUUGCUGGGCAACUAUUGGAAUGGGCUACCCUCUUUUCAAUGCUUUCUUGCCACAAUAUCUUUCUCAGGGUGGUGGUGACAAAUAUCCACCCCCAACCACUUAUACCGGUAUGUUUGCUACCAUAUUUACUCGACUGUUCCUAUGGCUAAUAAAAUGUGAAACAGUAUACCGUGACUAUGCCAUUACUUCCAUAGUUGGUGUUCCUGGCUCCCUGAUUGCCUGCUACACCGUCGACAUCCCUUAUAUUGGACGCAAGGGUACUAUGGCCAUUUCUACCAUGAUCACAGGAGUUAUCCUGUUCUGCUUCACGAUAUCUCCUGACCCCAAAGUUCGCCUGGCAUGCACCUGCCUUGAGGCCUUCUUCCAAAAUAUUAUGUACGGCGUUUUAUACGCCUACACCCCUGAGGUUUUCCCAGCACCCAAUCGUGGUACCGGAACUGGUAUCGCCAGUUGUCUUAACCGUAUCUGCGGGCUACUGGCACCUAUUGUUGCCAUCUACGGUGGUGAUGCAAACCCUAAGGCGCCUGUGUAUGCAUCUGGUGGCCUCAUGUUGGCUGCAUUUGUUGCUAUGGUACUCCUUCCAAUUGAGACUAGAGGCAAAGCAUCUCUCUGA